CCUGCUUCUCCUGUCUCCUCCAAGAAGAAAAGGGGCAGCCCUGCCCUGACCAGUGUGGCUCAGCUGGGUGGGCCUUGUCCCGCAAAGCGAAAGGUCACGGUUUGAUUCCUGGUCAGGGCACGUGCCCGGGUUGCAGGUGUGGUCCCCAGUCGGGGAGCAGACAGGAAGCAACUGAACGAGAGGCGACCUACCGACACUUCUCUCCCUCUCUUUCUCCCUCUCUUCCCCUCUCUCUAAAAGUAAGUAAGUAAAUAUCUUAGAAAGAAAGAAAACAGGCAAGCUCACCUUUCAGCAAAUCCCUUCUUUAAAUGCUGCCUGGAACAACUACAGGCAGAGUGGAACUUCCUUCCCAGGGGGAAAACAAACUCCCCGCCCCUGGACUUUGCUGGGGAUGGGGUGUGCGGUCACAGGGGGUGUGAUUUACACCCAUCACACAAGGAGGAAACGGAACCAGAGAUGCUAAACCGCUUGCUGAGGUCACACAGUGAACUAGGGCCAGAAGUGGGACCAGACAGAGCCUCUUCGCCAGUACCUGGGUCUCUGGCAGGUGCUCACCCCUGCCCUCCCUCAACAUACCCCUGCGGCUGCGCGGAGCCUGCGGAAGGAGGGGCAGAGACACCGCCGCACAGUGACUGUGGCUGCUGGGGCGAUUUCUCAGGAGGGCAGAGAACGUGGAGGCUCAGGAGGGCGCCGCCAGGAGUCUGCCCAGAAAACGGAGGGGCGCCGGGAGAAAAAGCGCUGGCAUUCAGCUAUCUAGCCCAGAGAAGCUGUCUGGAGGGCGUCAAGGGCGCAGGCAACAGGACCCUCCUUCCCCCACCCCCACUCGCAUCCCGCAGCCCGGUCGCCACCCGCCAGGUGCUGUUCCGCAAGCUGGCCACAAGGGGGCGGGCUGCCCCCUGCAGAAAGCGGGGCGAAGGCGGCGCAGACCCAGAGGAAAGGAUGCUAAGCGGGACCCCAGCCGCUCUUGGCGGACCGCCCACUACGUGCCAGAGGGAACUGAAAUGUGAGAGGCAGCCAAAAAAGGGAAGCAGAAUCCUGACUUCCAUAUCCAUGAUCUCGUCCGACACCCCCUCGCCUGCAAGCUCCUGCGAGGAAGGCGAUGCACGGAGCUCCGGCUACAAGUCCGCAACCCGCUGUUUCAUGCCCGCUGCGUUUCGGAAUGGUGCGGAUCUUAGAAUGGCAACACGGCGCACGCAAGGUGGCGCGACGCUCCCGGCAAGGCCUGCCUGGGUCAGCGCCCUAUAAUCAAGCUCAUUUGUAGCAAACCCUGAACACUCCCACUAAAUGGAAUAAAUAAAGACCCCCAAUGGCCUCCCAUGA